AUGGUUAAUUAGUUGCCAAAAAGAUAAUAUAUAUCUGCUUAUUAAAUUUUCUAUAAGGAAUAGAGCAAGGUUUUUUAGUAAAAUGGAGUUGGUAUCAAUAUGGUUGGGGCUUUACUGUAAAGAAAAUGGGAAUCUUUAUCUUAAGAGGAAUAGAGACAUUAUUAAGAAAUAUUUGAAAAAUUUGAAGUGAAAUAUUAAGAGUAAUUAAAUGAAUUUAAAAAAUUAAAUCAAAUAUUGAAACAUUCAAAAAAGAUAGAGAAAUCAAUUAUAAGACUUAAGAAACCUUAAAUUCCAUAGAUUCAUUAUGUUAUAUAAAAUAGAUAUAAAUAUAAUGGAAAGAAUUACAGCUAAAGAUAAAUUUAUGUUGAAUUAAUUUAAGAGUUUGGAUUUUAAAGAUUGGAAAUGAAAGAAUAGUUAGAAUUGGAAUAUGAGAGUAAAUAAAUUAUAUAUGAUUAUGAAAUGAUUGAGAUGCUGAAGUAAAUUAAAUUAUAAAUUAAUUAUAUUAGACAGAAAUGUUAGAAGUAUUAAAGUUUGAAAGAGAAAUUAUAAAUCAAUUUAAAAUAGCAAGCACAAGUAUAGGAAUUCAAUUCUCAUAAGUAUGAAUAAAAGAACUUUGCAGUAGAUGUAUAAGGUCGUAAUCAAACGAUGGGUAGUAAAGUAAUUUUAAAUGCCUAUCAAUGCUAGCAAGUAUAUUAAAUUCAGAGUAGCAAUACUUUAAAAGGAUUGAGUCUGAUUGCUAUGAAAUUACCAUAAGAAGAGUUAAAUACUUAAGGGAAGAGAGAAACUUGA